AAGAAAAACUCCACGAAGAAAUACACUGGAGGUUUAUCCCAGAUUGACACGCAUCAACCAACGUGUUUUUAUUACCUCCUGCAGUUGUACGUGUUAAAACCGGAAAAAGCAGUCUAACCCGUCCAAGGGUCCUGGAGCCUGAAACCCGCUAACCCAAAUUCAACGUCUCCUCAUCUUUCUCCGUCAGAAAUCUUAUAUAAACAGAAUCUGAUUCCAAAACACACCACAAGGCCGAUAAUUCUAAGUCCUAUCGAAACACCCACCUCGUAUUUCGUGUCCGCCGAUUUCUUUUUGGAAGAUGAGGCUGUUAAAAGUAGCCACCUGUAAUUUGAACCAAUGGGCAAUGGAUUUUGAUUGCAACUUGAAGCACAUUAAGGAAUCCAUAGCAGAAGCCAAAGAAGCUGGUGCUGUCAUCAGACUUGGACCCGAGCUCGAAAUCACUGGCUAUGGCUGUGAAGAUCAUUUCUUGGAACUCGAUACAGUCAAUCACGCGUGGGAGUGCUUGAAAGAAAUACUGCUUGGUGAUUGGACGGACGGGAUAUUGUGCAGCAUAGGAAUGCCUAUUAUUAAAGGAUCAGAGCGUUAUAAUUGUCAAGUUUUGUGUUUUAACCGGAAAAUUGUCAUGAUACGGCCAAAGAUGUGGCUUGCAAACGAUGGCAAUUAUAGGGAGCUUCGGUGGUUUACAACAUGGAAGCAAAAGGAUCAGCUUGUAGAAUUUCAGCUGCCACCUGAAAUUUCAGCUGCCUUGUCACAGACAUCAGUGCCUUUUGGUUAUGGAUACAUUCAGUUUUUGGACACAGCUGUUGCUGCUGAAAUUUGCGAAGAGCUUUUUACUCCUAUUCCUCCCCAUACUGAGCUUACAUUGAAUGGGGUUGAAGUUUUCCUGAAUGCCAGUGGAAGUCACCACCAAUUGAGAAAGUUAGACCUUCGACUUCGGGCUUUUAUAGGUGCUACUCAUACUCGUGGAGGGGUUUACAUGUACAGUAACCAGCAGGGCUGUGAUGGUGGUCGGCUUUAUUAUGAUGGGUGUUGCUGUGUUGUUGUGAAUGGAGAGGUUGUUGCUCAAGGCUCGCAGUUCUCCUUGAAGGAUGUUGAGGUUGUGGUUGCUCAAGUAGAUUUAGAUGCGGUUGCUAGUUUAAGAGGAUCUAUAAGUUGUUUUCAAGAACAAGCAAGCUGCAAAACCAGAGUAUCAUCAGUAGCAGUGCCUUACAAUAUUUGCCGACCUUUUAACCUGAAAAUGUUACUUUCCUGUCCACAGAAGAUCAUAUAUCAUUCUCCCGAGGAAGAGAUUGCAUUUGGUCCUGGCUGCUGGCUAUGGGACUAUUUAAGAAGAAGUGGAGCUUCUGGGUUUUUGCUUCCUCUUUCUGGUGGUGCAGACAGUUCCUCUGUGGCUGCUAUAGUUGGAUGCAUGUGCCAACUUGUUGUCAAAGAAAUUGCAAAUGGAGAUGAACAAGUUAAAGCUGAUGCGAUACGGAUUGGGAAUUACACUGAUGGGCAGUUUCCUACUGACAGCAAGGAAUUUGCUAAACGUAUAUUUUAUACAGUCUACAUGGGUUCUGAAAAUAGUUCUGAAGCCACAAAGAUGCGGGCUAAGUUAUUAGCAGAUGAGAUUGGUUCUUGGCAUCUUGAUGUUUGCAUAGAUAGUGUUGUUUCAUCUCUGCUAUCCUUGUUUCAGACGCUUACUGGAAAACGACCACGCUAUAAGGUUGAUGGGGGAUCCGCUGUUGAGAACUUAGGAUUGCAGAACAUUCAAGCUCGAAUCAGAAUGGUGUUAGCUUUUAUGUUAGCAUCACUGUUGCCCUGGGUUCACAACAAAAGAGGGUUUUAUCUUGUUUUAGGUAGCUCUAAUGUGGAUGAAGCACUACGUGGUUACCUUACAAAGUAUGACUGCAGCGCAUCAGAUAUAAACCCAAUUGGUAGUAUUAGCAAACAGGAUCUUCGGAUGUUUUUGCGGUGGGCUGCCAACCAUCUUGGUUACUCAUCCUUGGCAGAAAUCGAAGCAGCUCCACCCACUGCUGAACUGGAGCCUAUUCGUUCCAACUACAGCCAGCUGGAUGAAGUGGACAUGGGAAUGACAUAUGAGGAGUUAUCAGCCUAUGGGAGGCUGCGGAAAAUUUUCCGCUGUGGUCCAGUAUCAAUGUUCAAGAAUCUUUGCUAUAAAUGGGGUGCAAGAUUAACUCCAUCAGAGGUGGCUGAUAAAGUAAAACACUUCUUCAACUACUAUUCCAUUAACAGACACAAAAUGACUGUAUUGACACCUUCAUAUCAUGCUGAGAGUUAUUCACCUGAGGAUAAUAGGUUUGAUCUCCGCCAGUUCCUUUACAAUUCAAGAUGGCCAUAUCAGUUUCGCAAGAUUGAUGAACUUGUGCAAGAGUCAGACGGUAAUAAAAUUGCUUUCACGGAAUCAGGUGACCACAAAAAAUUGGGUGCUACAGCUGGUGUUGGUGGGAUGGGAGUUGUGGCUGCUGCCUCUGGCAAUCCUAAAGCUGGCCUUUAAUCAAAAGAACAGAUUGAACUUCGCUAGUUCUGUCCAAAUAACAUUGCUUCCAUCAUUUAUUUUUAGAACAAAAGAUCCGCUUUACUUCAGUUUCCAUUUUUAUUUUGUCCAGUUAUGGGAGUUGUAAUGAACUUAUAUAAGCUCAACCUAAUUUGUAUAUCCUUUAAAUGAUUUUAACCGAAAUAUAUGACAUCAAGAAGCGCACAAG